AUGUCAGUGGGAUGUAAUAUAUACAAAUAUGACUCUCGAUUAGCUAUAGGUCAAUAUUUGUCGGUAUUUAAAUUUGAAACAUAUAGUCCAAGUGAAUCAGCGUAUCACGCUUAUUUUAUUGAUGCUCCGCAUUCAAUGAUCAUAUGUGAAUUAUCAAAGUUGGAGAAUAAUUAUAAUAACUGCACAAUGGUAAUGCACAUAUUUAUAUUCAUGUUUACAGUGUGUGGGAUCAAUUCCGUUCACAUGGUAACGAUCAAAGAUAAAUCCGUGGUUACCUUUGUUGUUGCUUUAAGAAUUAUGAAAGAAAAACAAAAAUGA